AUGUUCAUAGAAAGCAUGAAUCAGCCGAUAACCAAUUGGCUUAAUCUUAACUAUGCGCCAUGCAAAGACAACUCAAUUCCGCGAUGCAUUAUCUAUCAGCACUACUGCAAUGACUUCAAGGAGAAGGGGAUUGAGCCGCUGAAUACCGCCAUGUUUGGAAAGGUAAUUAAGAUGGCAUUUCCUUUUAUUCGCAGUAGACGGCUUGGAAACCGCGGAAACUCAAAGUACCACUACUUUGGGGUGGCAGUCAAGGGCUCAGGCGCUCUUAGCGUAGACAAAGAAACUCUUUCCGAAAAGCUCUUUGUGAAGAACUAUGGAAAGAUGCACAAGGACGCCCUGGACUUUUUUCUUGAGUACAACUAUAUGAAGGGGUACCAGGAGAUGAAGCAUUUCUGGUCGGAAAACAUGGGAAGUUUCACCACUAGCCGGUACAUAGAAAAAAUGUGCUGCAUGAUUGAAAGAGAGUUCUUUGGCAUGCUGCUGUCAAAGGCAAUAGCCACAGACUCUAUUCUCGAUCUAAAUAGAGAGGUCACCCACGAGAGCAUUGCCUUCAUGAAGACCUCCGCCAAAACAAUUAUUCUCAUGUGCCGGCAGAUGGCUCCCUUGGCGGGCACCCGGGGAAUGCUUCUCAGAAUUGACUGCUAUAAGCAAUAUGCAGCUGUUCUCAACAGCGUUGGAAAUAUCCAGACGUCUGUGAAUAUACUGAAGGCGAAGUACGCGAUGCGGACAGAUCUCCAGGAGUGCAAAACCUUCUUCUCCAGAGGAAUCUGUGUGGUGCACGAAAGUAUCUCGCUGGAGAAAAGCGCCUUAAUCCACACGUGUGCAGGCAGUCUUGUUUCUCUUUUCAUUGCGUCUGGCUCGUUUGAUGAGUUUCUGGGGGAUGUGGACAGCCAUGUUACAGGCAUUCUGUAUAGAAAGGAGAAGAUUCCGCAGGAUCUGGUCAUUCUCUAUUUUGCAGGGCUUCUUCAGGAGUGCAUAGUGGCUGGCAUUCCGUGCACAGAGUUUCUGGCGGUUCUUCUAAACUUCUUUUCAGAGCACUUUACGCUUGUAAAUAGCACACUGUGUGAACUUUCUCUGAAGAGGCAGGAUGCUCCCCCGCCUUCUGUAGUAUCCGACAUAACCACAGAGGAAAAGUCUUUUGUUUCGCAGAUUAUAAAGCAAGAUUAA